CCGCCCGCGGCGGCCGGGAGCCAUUGGGUGGGAUGGGCGAGCGGCUCCCCCGGCGGGCUCGGCAGGCUCCGCGCUCCCCGCCCGCCCCGCGCCGCUCCUCUCCGUUCCGCCGCACCAUGCCGCAGCCCCUCGGGGCCGCCCUGCUGCUGGCGCUGCUGGCGGCGGACUGCUCGCAGGCCGUGCUGCUGCGAGCCCCAGAGGCUGCCCAGUUCCUGCGGCAGAGGCAGCGGCGAGCCUACCAGAUCUUCGAGGAGACCAAGCAAGGGCACCUGGAGAGGGAGUGCGUGGAGGAGCACUGCAGCAAGGAAGAGGCCCGGGAGGUCUUCGAGAACGACCCCGAGACGGAAUAUUUUUACCCGAAAUACUUGGCUUGUAUUCACAAAUAUGGGUCGCCGUAUACAAGAAGUCCAGAUUUCCUUACAUGCGUUCAUAAUUUGCCAAAUCAGUGUUCUCCUGAUCCUUGUUACCAAGAGGGGACUGUCAGAUGUGAAGAUCUCAAGGGGGACUUCUACUGUGAAUGCAAACGUGGCUGGCAGGGAAAAACGUGUGAUAAAGAUAUUGAUGAGUGCAAAGUGCAGCACGGUGGCUGUAACCAGAUCUGCCUCAACAAGCUCGGCAGCUACCGCUGCUCAUGCUACAGUGGUUAUGCUCUUAAAGACAGCAAAACGUGUGAAGACAUAGAUGAGUGUGCAGCAUCGGCAGACAUCUGUGGAGAAGCUCGCUGUAAAAAUCUGAUAAGCUCAUAUGAAUGUGUUUGUGAUGCAGGCUACAGGUAUGAUGAGCAGAGAAAGACUUGUGAUGAUAUAAACGAAUGUGAAGAACGGCUCUGUGAACAGACAUGUGUCAACUUGCCGGGGAGUUACACCUGUCAUUGUGAUGGCAAAGGGGGAGUAAAACUUUCCCAGGACAUGAAUACCUGUGAGAACAUAAUACCAUGUGUGCCUUUUGCUGUUGCAAAAAGUGUUAAAUCCUUAUACCUGGGGAGGAUGUUCAGUGGGACUCCUGUCAUCAGACUGCGCUUUAAAAGGAAACAGCUAACAAGACUUGUGGCUGAGUUCGACUUUAGAACCUUUGAUCCUGAAGGUAUCCUUUUCUUUGCUGGAGGCCAUCGAGACAGCACAUGGGUAGUCUUGGCUUUGCGCAAAGGACGGUUAGAGCUGCAGCUGAAAUACAGCGGGAUAGGCCGUGUGACCAGCAGUGGACCGCUCAUCAACCAUGGCAUGUGGCAGACGAUCUCUGUUGAAGAACUCGACAGAAGUUUGGUUAUAAAGGUCAACAGGGAUGCAGUUAUGAAAAUAGCUGUCUCAGGGGACCUGUUUACCCUAGAUAAAGGACUGUAUCAGCUGAACCUGACAGUAGGAGGCAUUCCCUUCAAAACAAAGGACCUUAUUGUGCCGAUCAACCCUCGGCUGGAUGGCUGCUUGCGGGCAUGGAACUGGCUGAAUGGGGAGGACAGCACUAUCCAAGAGACCAUAAAGAUGAAUGAAAGGAUGCAAUGCUUUUCUGUAGCAGGACGAGGGUCUUUCUAUCCUGGCCGAGGUUUUGCCGUAUUCAAUCUUACUUACAUGCAACCUUCCUCUGGGAAUGAAACCAAGACAAGUUGGAAAAUAGAAGUAAAUGCUGUAAUUCAACCGGCAACAGAUACUGGAGUGAUGCUUGCUCUGGUUACGGAAGAAGCAUCUGUCCCCCUAUCAUUAUCUUUGAUUGAUUAUCACUCCACAAAGAAACUGAAACAACAGUUCGUCAUCUUGGCCGUGGAGAGCACAGUUGUGUCCAGACUGGCAGUAAAUCUCUGCGAUAAGAAGGAGCACUCUGUGGACAUCCUGCUCAAGAAAGACCAGUUAUCCCUGAGGGUAGAUGGGAUGGAAGGAGAGAGAGAGUUAAGCACCUCUGAGUUAGAGGACAGCCUGUCCAUUUUGGAGAGCUCUUUGCAGUCAUCAGUGAAGACAUAUGUGGGAGGACUGCCAGAUGUUAAUGUCACCGCCACUCCGGUCACAGCAUUCUACCACGGCUGCAUGACAGUGAAGCUGAGGAGCAAGGCGCUGGACUUGGACGAGGCACUGUACAAGCACAGCGACAUCACAUCCCACUCUUGCCCUCCAGUUGAGGCGGGUUGGCUCAUUCACCCUGAGCGUAAUGGGAGCACAGAGGCUUGUGAUUGUGAGAGCUCGCCAGGCCAAAUUGCAGCACAGUGAGAAUAUGCAUGUGGGUUUGCUCAGGAGAAGCUGCAGCACCAUAAAGUGCAUUUAGCUUUUAAGCUGUCCUUGUGCAGCUGGGGCAGGCUUUGCCUCGCCUGCCUCGAGACGCUUAAACCUUGCUUUAUUUGGUCCUUGUCUUCUGUCAGGUUAGAGUAACAAACUGAGACAGAGAUGCUGCGAUGGAAAUAAGAAUACUGGGAGGCUAAGGUGACCUGGAGAUUGUGGAUGAGUCUAAUAAUCUGCAUGUGACAACAUCUGUGACCAAGAUGUGGAGAUAGAACAGCCCCAGAGGAAAGAGUGGAGGAGGGGGAAGACUACCCUAAACUUUUCCCAGUGUUCUGCUUUAUUUAACAGACGAAAGUAUUCUCUUAGCCAUUAGGCAGCCUGACAUUGUAGCUCCAUAUCGUGACCAAGUGAAGCAGCAAUGAUGCAGUAGGGCAACAAAGAGAGCUUUACCACUUUCAGCCAACCUACACAUUCACACUUAGAAAAAGACCUGUCAAAAGGCUUUUUAUGCUCAGGUAUGACCAGGUGUGGGUCUGAAAGGAUAACUGCUAACUAGACAGCAGUAGCAGAGACAGACUUGCCAGCAGACUAUGCACGGAUAGUAAAACACAGAAGUAGUCCUGUGCUUUUGAUUUUAUUACUAAGCAAAAGAAAGCAAGUUAUUCCCAAGAGUGCUUUCUGCGAUAGUCAGUGAUUCUGGAUCAGCUGGAGAUGUGAUGGAGAACCUAAGAAACAUUGGUCUAUUAUUCCAGCGAGAGCGGGGAAUCCUGAAGGUACUGUGGUAAUUAGCACUUCCUCACUGUGCUGGUUUGUUUCCUGUUUCUUUUUCCUGGUUGUUUUAGUACUUCACCAAAAUACGUCUCCUAUUAACUUGGAGGAGCUCUAAUGAAAACAGGACAAACUUGGAAGACACCUACUGUUUUUUAAACCCAAGUAGAUGAAACAAACUGUGUUACUUGGUUCUUUGAAAGGAAGUGUGUUAGCAAUGAACUCUUAUGUCUACCAUUUUUUUUGCAUAUUUUCUGUGGUGGUUCCCAAAAAAAUAACAUGUGGCGCAAGCGAAUCACAAAUAUGCCUGACCUUUGUGUUAAUGUAAAUGGUACUAUUUAUGAAGCCAGAUACUGGAAACGUAAACCCGGUGGUACAUUGUGGUAGUCUGUAGUCUAAUUUAGAGCUAAAAAGAUGUCCAGGACCGUGCAUUUCUGUGUAUGUGUGUGAAGAUACUUUGCACAGAUCACAACAACUCCCAACCCAAAAAGUGCUUUAGAAGAGAAAGGCAGAGUCUGAAGUCUGGAGAAUUACAGAAAGGGGAUGGGGGAGGGAAACUUUAGUUUCAAGAUUGAUUGCUUUAAUACACUAAUACUGGUGGAAGAGGCAGCUGCUUCUAUAUACUGUUAAAAAGAGGGGGAAAUGAUAGUAAGCAUCCCUUCAUUCCUCCUCAGUCACUGUGCUUCAGCCCAAGAGAAAUACUGUUCUGUUAGCAGUCUAGCUGCUCAACUUAAAAGCAGAAGGUCUGUUCUGGGUUUCGAGUCCAAAAGUUCACGGAUGUCCAGAAGUAAACGCAGGUGGUUCCUUACGGAGUAUUCACAGUAAGUGAAAAGAAGGACAUGUGCAGUCCCACUCGUGUUGCACUCACUGUGUGAUUGGGGUGGUUGUUUCCCAGCAUGUAUUUGCACAUAAAUGGGGUGUUUUGGAUGGGUUAAAUUUAUGCUCAGAAGAAAAAUAGUGGUCUCCCCUCUAACUUACGUUUCUCUUAACAGGAUUCAGAUCAUUGACCUCAUCAACAAUAUGCGUAAGACACCUUGUCAUUGACCUUAGCAUCGCUCAUCUAAUUCUUUGCAUAUCAUAAAAAAAUAUGAAGGA